GGCGUGUUGCGUUGCGUUGGUUAAAGCCGUUGGUGGAGAUCGCGUUUCAACAAGCACACCACCGAGUUGAUGGAGAAGAAAGAGAUGGAAGGGGGCUUGGAGGUGAUGGAAGCUGACCUUGCUGAGACCGAGAAUUCCAUCUAUCACCUCGUGCGCUCCAACGUUGAACUGGCCCAGUUCUUGAACGAAGCGCCGGGAGACGAAGACCUCGAGCAAGCCAUCGAGGAGAACAAGGCAGUGCUGGUAAGAAGACGACAUCGCGUGAAGACUCUGCGACUCGCCAUCUCUGACUUGAAGACUCAACGCCCGCACAUGGCCACAGCAGCGGCGCCCUCCUCAUCAGCACGGAUCGCUGCCAGUACCUCCGGACCUCGGGACGCCCAAUCAAUGGGUAGACACAAUGGUACCACUAGCGAAAGUGCUGAUCAUACGGUAAGCCCCACGGUUGUUAGUAGUGCAGGCGGGUCCGGGGACGUCAUCAGCACCAUGACCGCUUCCAUGAGUCUCGACGCAGCACCACCAAUCCCUCCCGCCGGGAGCAGCAUCGCGGCGGGCAAUAGCCAGGCAUCGGACAAGACCCCUGAAACUGGCGGCUCAGGUCAAGUUUCUGUGGCAGCUCCAGAGACAGGAGGCGGAGAUCGUGACGAAGGGGGGGUGUUGCUCUGAGUCUUCAGUCAUCUGCACAGGCCAGCGUUGCUACUGCUGUGGUACAUGCCUUUGUCCUUUGGUCGUCGUAUCGGACGUGCCGCCGGUUGUAGCCAAGACCGGUGCACACGACGUGCCUCGUUCCUCCUUGUGAAAGGCAUGCCUAGAUAGCACGCAGGCUCUGUCUCUUUCGGAAACCAGUUGAUAGUUGCUCGUCCUCGAUGAUUCCAGAAGUCGACUUUCAGCGUGGAAAAGUUUCCUGUCUAUUUUGCAACAGAGACCAUACGGAAAAGCGAUGAACGAACAAACCAGGUUCGAGAUAAUAGGCGUUUCUGGCCAAUACGACACAAUGCAGCCCUCGCCGUUGUAUUGUGGCGUUAAACGAGCAGAACAAGACGUUGAUGUGCUUCUUGUUUCCGUUCGCAACUAGGCUGAGGCCAGGCACCGAGUGAUCAGUACCGAAGCGCAUGGAACAACCGCUUGCAAGAUGCCCCCCGCUUGGGGCACUCAAGAUCAAAGAAUUUGAGGCAUCGAUCGUCUUCGUGGGUUCGAUGUGCCUCCUAGAUGAAGCUAUUAAUACGGGGAGUGUAUCUGAUUGAAGCAGCAGCUACGACUAUGUUGGUGUGUCCUCCUUCAAAUGCGCAAGCCCAAGUUGUGGCUGUUCCGGGAUUGCGUGAUGGAACACUUUUGGUUUGGUCUGGGCUUCUUGUAAAUGACGAGAAAUUCAGCAUGGGGGCUCCGCUUGGUAAACAGGGCGCCGGUUUGCAGGAUACAUGGGAAGUGUCGAUGGACUACCAAGCGGCGGCACAUCCCCUUGUGGUGAAGGGUCGUGCGUUAUUGUCGAUGUCCAUCUAUGAAACUGCGCGUUCUUGGGCCAUUUCCGUGUCAUAGCUUCUUUGGCCGUGCCACCGUCUGCUGCCCCGUAUUGGAGCAAAGGACGUCAGACAAAGGUGAUGAAUAUUGAUGAUCAAUAACCCAACCAUUGUC